AUGUCAACGGAGCACAGGGUUACUACUGGGCGCGGCGGCGCCGGCAACGUGGCUACGAUCAAGGACGCGCCCUCCCCAAAGCUUGUCCCCCAGGGUUCGCAGACGCCGGUUCUUCUGCAGCCCGUAUACUCAACUGGACGUGGCGGCGCCGGCAACAUGCGGCCCAACGUCGAUCCGCAGCUCACGCGGAGGGCGCAGGACGUGGACGGCGACGACAUCCUGCACGACGACCGUCUGUCGCGGUCGCGCUCCACGCAGUCCGAGCAUCAGGGCCUGCCCGCGCGCGCAUGUUCUAUCGGGCGGGGCGGGGCCGGCAACAUACUCAGUCCCACAAACUCGCAGCCCUGCGCCGAGAAGAAGCCCAUGGCGGUGUUCAGUCGGCUGCGUAAGCGGCUGUUCGGGUAG